AACGGGUUGCUAGGAACCAUACUUCUAGUGUACGUUUCCAGCCGACUAUUUGAACGAACGGAACAAGUUUUUUGGAGUAACGCUCACCGAGUACCACUAGCCUGAAGCAACGGUCGAUGUGUUAAUCCACAGAGUCGACCAGCCAUGACGUCACUGGGGAGCAGCAGCAGUUCCUCAGCCACAGAAUACACAGUGCGAGUGCCCAAAAACACCAACAAGAAGUACAACCUUAUGGCUUUCAAUUCAGGAGACAAAGUCAACUGUUCAACCUGGACACAGGCUCGUAUGGAAAGAGACAUGAGUGGUCGGCGAAUAUAUGGGGAGGAAGAGACGGCGGAAGGCGCGGCUGGCAGUGAGUUUGGCAAAAAGCACCGCGAGGAAGCACGGCGGAAGAAGUUUGGUAUUGUGAAACGUGAGUUCAAAGUGGAGGACCAGCCCUGGAUUCUCAAGGUCAAUGGCAAGGCCGGCAAGAGGUUCAAAGGUCUAAAGAAGGGCGGGGUUACAGAAAAUGCAUCGUACUACAUCUUUACACAGUGUCCUGAUGGAGCUUUUGAGGCCUUCCCUGUCCACGGUUGGUACAACUUUACACCGCAGGCCAAACACCGAACUCUCACUGCUGAGGAGGCUGAGGAAGAGUGGGGGAGAAGAAACAAGGUGGUGAAUCACUUCAGCAUCAUGCUUCAGAGACGUUUCCGGGAGCAGGAGCGGGGUUGUGAUGAUGACGAUGAUGAGAACGAGAAGUCGGGGAAGAAAAAGAAGGGGGGUGGGAGAGGGGGCGACCUGCGCAUUACUGACCUGGAAGACGACCUGGAGAUGAGCACCGAUGACAGUGACAGCAGUAUGGGGGAUGAUGCAGAGGGCAAGACAAAGGUGAAGAAAGAUGCAGGGAAAGGAAAAGGAAAGAAGAAGAAGAGAAAGAGCAAUGACAAAGAGGCCUUGGAGGACAGCGAUGAUGGCGACUACGAGGGUCUUGAGGUGGAUUACAUGUCAGAUGAAAGCAGUUCAGACGAAGAGCCUGAAAAGGGAAAGAUGAGCAAAGGAGAGGACCACCCCAAAGGGAUCGAUGAGGCUUCUGAAAGCGAGGAAGAGAGCGAGGAGGAGAAACAGAAUGAAGAGGAAACAAAAGAGGAGGAAGAAGAAGACGAAGGAAAGAAAACUCCUGUCCAAGCGGAAAAGAAGAAAAAAAAAGACAGCAGCGGCGAGUCGGAAAGCUCAGAUGACAGUGACAUCGAUGGAGAGACGGCCUCCGCUCUGUUCAUGAAGAAGCGCACGCCUCCUAAACGUGGAGGACGCGGCUCUGCAGGCAGCUCCAGGACCGGCAGUCGUCCCGGGACACCAUCCAUUGACCCUGCCGCCACCUCCAAUACACUCCGUGCUGCUGCCAGCAAGCUAGAGCAAGGUAAGCGACCGACUCCGGGUCCUAGCACUGACUCACCAGCUGCCAAAAGGCUGAAGAUGGAGCCCAGCAGUCAGAGCCCUGUUCCCUCUGGAAAGAGUACGCCUCAACCCCCAUCAGGCAAAUCCACUCCUAGCUCAAGUGAUGUGCAGCUAACAGAGGAAGCGGUCCGGCGCUACCUGAUCCGUAAACCGAUGACCACCAAAGACCUGCUGAAGAAGUUCCAGACCAAGCGCACGGGUUUGAGCAGUGAGCAGACCGUCAACGUGCUGGCACAAAUCCUGAAGCGCCUCAAUCCAGAACGCAAGAACGUAAACGACAAAAUGCACUUCUACCUCACCGAAUAAGCGAUGGAAGAGGGGUAUGGAGCGGCGGGGAUGGAGAGGAUGGAGAAGGUAGGGGACGUGCUGAAAUUAACCUCUCCUGUCAGAAAACCAUGACCCCUGGAAGAGGCUGUGUGUCUGUUUUAAAACCAGUUGUGUUGUCGCAGGAUCUGAAAAUACUACCCAUCGUCCUCACAGGUGGCAUUACUCAAAAAGUAUUCUGUUAAGCGUCUUGAAUUUGUUUUUCAUACCCUGAAAUCUCAUUAAAUAAUAGAAACCUUGUUAAUGUUGACUAAACUGAAUUUCUAUAGUUUUUUCUCCAUGUGUGAACAGUUGACUAGUAGAACCUAAUGAAUAAAAUAAGUAUGUUACUUGUUUUUCUUAGGUGGAAUUCUUUUCCCAAUAAAAUGUCAAAUCUGCA